AUGGAGAACUUGCAAGAGUUUAUUUUGUUCCUCAAGCCAAGUAGCUACCAAUACAUCGAUCUCAAAGACAAUCUUGAAGACAAAGAUUGCAUUGGAGAUGAAGACAAUCUUGAAGACGAAGACAAUUUUGAGGAUGGAGACAAUCUUGAAGAUGAAGACUGCUUUGAGGAUGAAGACUACCUUGAAAACAAUCUUGAAGACGCAAUCUAUCUUGGAUACAAAGACUUCCUUGAAGACAAAGACUAUCUUGAGGAUAGAGACAACCUUGAAUAUGAAGAUUGCUUUAAGGAUGAAGACUACCUUGAAGACAAUCUUGAAGACGAAGUCUAUCUUGGAUACGAAGACUUCUGUGAAGACGAAGACUAUCUUAAGGAUGAAGACAAUCUUGAAGACAAAGAUUGCAUUAGAGAUGAAGACAAUCUUGAAGACAAAGGUUUCCUUAAAGAUGAAGACAUCCUUGAAUAUGAAGACAAUCUUGAAGAUGAAAACAAUCUUUGA